GGGACUGGGUAGGUAUAGACGGGUAGGUAGGUAGACGUAGGUUGGCAGCGGGCGGAGGUUUGGAUUCUCCGCCGGAGGGAGGAGCUCGGGCCCGGCUUGGCGCGGCGUGCGCGGUCCCUUACGCAUCCACGUAUGCCACAGCUCAAGCCGAAGCUCUCCAAACUCAUCGUCUAGCUACUCUUCCCCCAAUUCGAGACGAUGCGUUGGUUGCUUUCGCUGGCUUGCCUGGCCUUGCUGGGCCUUGCGAGCGCCCUCAGCUUCUCCGGCCCCCGCACGCUGGUUGUGCUCGAGGAGUUGGCCGACAAGGACAAGUAUUCGCUCUUCUGGGCCGACCUGACCUCCCGCGGCUUCUCCCUCGAUUUCGCCUCGCCCAAGUCUGAAUCGCUGUCGCUGUUCAAGCAUGGCGAGCGCGCCUACGACCACGUCCUCCUCCUCCCGCCCAAGAGCAAGGGCUACGGCCCGGCCCUGUCGCCGCAGCUCGUCCUCGACUUCCUCAACAAGGACGGCAACGUCAUGCUCGCGCUGGCCGGCGGCCAGACCGUCUCCGCGGCGGUGCAGAGCACGCUCCUCGAGCUCGACAUCCACCUCGGCCCGGACAAGACGUCGCUCGUCCUCGACCACUUCGCCCACGACGCCAACUCGGCCUCGGAAGCCCACGACGUCGUGCUCGUCCCGCGCCCGCAGGCCCUCAAGCCCGGCGUGCGCAACUUCUUCGCCGGUGAUGGCGUCGUCGCCGUUCCUCGCGCCAUGGGCCAGCUACUGGCCAACGCCUCGCCGCUGCUCGCGCCCAUCCUGCGCGCCCCCAGCACCGCCUACACGCACAACCCCAAGGACGCGGACGCCGAGGCUGCCGCAGAAGACCCCUUCGGCAUCGGCUCGCAGCUCAGUCUCGUGACCGCUUUCCAGGCCCGCAAUAGCGCCCGCUUCGCGGUUCUGGGCUCGGCCGAGAUGCUGCAGGACAAGUGGUUCGACACGACGGUCAAGAACGCCGCCUCCGGCGAGGAGGAGAAGACGGCUAACCGCGAGUUCGCGGCGCAGCUCACUGCGUGGACCUUCAAGGAGAAGGGCGUGCUGAAGGUCGGUCGCCUGCGGCAUUGGCUCAGCGAGGACGAGAGCGCUCAACACCUCGGCCUCAAUGAGACGGCUGUCGGCGCCGCGGAGCACAACCCCUCGAUCUACCGCAUUAAGAACAAGGUGGCCUUUGAGAUAGAGAUCUCCGAGUGGGACACCGACCGCCUCGUCCCCUUCCACCCGGAGUCUGCCGACGCAUUGCAGCUGGAAUUCAGCAUGCUGUCGCCGUUCCACCGGCUGACGCUGGCGGCGCUGCCGGCGGUGGCGGGCGCCGACAGCACCAUCUUCGCGACGCAGUUCACGACGCCGGACCAGCACGGCAUCUUCAACUUCCGUGUCAACUACAAGCGGCCGUUCCUGACGACGGUCGACGAGAAGCGCGAGGUGACGGUGCGCCAUUUCGCCCACGACGAGUGGCCCCGCUCGUGGCGCAUCAGCGGUGCGUGGCCCUGGGUUGGCGGCAUUGGCGUCACGGUUGCCGGUUGGGUGGGCUUUGUCGCGCUGUGGCUUUAUAGUGCGCCUGUGAGGGGGGCGCAGGGCGAGAAGAAGAGGAACUGAGGGACUGACUGAUUGAUGUGAUUGGUUUGGGUUGAGUGGGGGUUAGGGGUUUGUCAGAAGAAGAGAGAAGAGGAUGCGGCGUGGCUAUGAGAGCUGCGUUGUUUGUUUGUUUGGCUGUUAUGAGUAGAAAUGCUUGAGAGUGCUGCCGCAAAAUUGAUGAUUGUUAGCGUCGCGCUGUCCGUUUACAUUAAGCAUUGAUUGUACCUGUGGAGAGUGCAGGGCAUACUUAUUCCUAUUCUGUUUGCAAACUGCGAAACGCGUGCGUGGUACUUUCUUUCAGCUUGUUUGCUGGUCCAGUUUGGUGUUUAUUCGGCUUAGCCAUGGCUGGUGAGUGGUGACUUGUUUUUUUUUUUUUUUUUUUUUUUGUUUUU